AUGGACGCCAUCAAAAUGGUUUUUCCGAAGGAUCGCCUAGUGCCAGCAUAUGGCAAAAUACAUUUUGUCCCUUUGUCCAAAUUUAUCAUUAGCUUUAAUGGGACAACGCACGUGGGGACCUUGAUAGGGACAUACCCAUCUGGGCGUUCAAGAAUUUUGUCCGAUUUGUCGCUCUUUUCAGAUGAUUUAAUAUUGAGGGAGGACCAAGACACGAAUAGGAAUGACCACACGAAUGGGAAUCACCACAGUAACAUGAACCAGGAAGGGCAUUCACGUGUAGGGAUGCACAGAAUGGCAAACUGGUUUGAUAGGAAGAACAGUGGUUUUAAGUGGCCCCACAAGCAGCAAAAUCAUUGGAUUGAUGAGACGCAUCUUAAAUGGGACGCUGAGGGGUAUCGCAAAUUGGAGGAGCAGGAAAACCAUGACAGAUCCGAUGUGAAUUUGCGUGACAGGUCCGAUGUGAAUCUACUUGACAGGUCAGAUGUGAAUCUUCUUGACAGAUCCGAUGUGAAUUUGCGUGGCAGGUCCGAUGUGAAUCUACUUGACAGGUCAGAUGUGAACCUUCUUGACAGAUCCGAUUUGAAUUUGCGUGACAGGUCCGGUGUGAAUCUACUUGACAGAUCCGAUUUGAAUUUGCGUGACAGAUCCGGUGUGAAUCUACUUGACAGGUCAGAUGUGAAUUUGCGUGACAGAUCCGAUGAAAGUUUGUUUGACAGGUCCGAUUUGAAUUUGCGUGACAGGUCCGGUGUGAAUUUGCGUGACAGAUCCGAUUUGAAUUUGCGUGACAGGUCCGGUGUGAAUCUACUUGACAGGUCAGAUGUGAAUCUUCUUGACAGAUCCGAUUUAAAUUUGGGUGACAGGUCCGAUGUGAAUUUGCGUGACAGGUCCGAUGUGAAUUUGCGUGACAGGUCAGAUGUGAAUUUGCGUGACAGGUCAGAUGUGAAUUUGCGUGACAGGUCCGGUGUGAAUCUACUUGACAGGUCCGGUGUGAAUCUACUUGACAGGUCAGAUGUGAAUCUACUUGACAGGUCAGAUGUGAAUCUACUUGACAGGUCCGGUGUGAAUUUGCGUGACAGAUCCGAUUUGAAUUUGCGUGACAGGUCCGGUGUGAAUCUACUUGACAGAUCCGAUUUGAAUUUGCGUGACAGGUCCGGUGUGAAUCUACUUGACAGGUCAGAUGUGAAUCUUCUUGACAGAUCCGAUUUGAAUUUGCGUGACAGGUCCGGUGUGAAUCUACUUGACAGGUCAGAUGUGAAUCUACUUGACAGGUCAGAUGUGAAUCUACUUGACAGAUCCGAUUUGAAUUUGCGUGACAGGUCCGAUGUGAACUUGCGUGACAGGUCCGAUGUGAACUUGCGUGACAGGUCCGAUGUGAACUUGCGUGACAGGUCCGAUGUGAGCUUGCGUGACAGGUCCGAUGUGAACUUGCGUGACAGGUCCGAUGUGAACUUGCGUGACAGGUCCGAUGGGACAAAGGAUAGGAGGCCGCACUCCCAACGAAGUCAUGGAACACAUACAGGACCAUACUACGAUACUAUUUACUCCAGUUGGAGAAACCUUAUCAAACGAAAGUACAGGUCAAAUCUGCCAUACGGUUGCACCCGCCUUGACCUUUCCAGGAAUCUUACGGACGAAGAAAUAUUGAGCAUGCCGCAGGAAUUUUUUUUUUGGUUUAAUAAAAGGAAGGCAUUUAUUUCAUUUUUUUAUUAUGGGAUCUACUUAGAAAGGAAGUACUACGACAUGGUGAAUAACUUGAAUAGAUGGUUUUCCAGAGUAGCAGAAGCCAAUAAUUUGCCAGAUUAUUACAAGUUAGGAUGGUGGAAACAAUGCAACAAAGACCUUAUGCACGACUUGGAAUGCAUCCAAAAUACGUGUGACAAUUUCUUCCGCAGUUUUGUUCGUGAAAGGAGAGGAAAAUAUGUAUUGGCCAUGUCAUUUGAAAAUCUACUGUAUCGUGUUCGCAAGUUAACACAUGGAAGUAUUAACCGAAACAAGGAGAAAUGGACUAGUAUUUUGACACAGAACGUGAAAAGAUACAGAGAUAGGGCGAACAGGAAGCACAUUACUCAACGAAGAUAA